CCGCCCGCCAGCAACAUGCGGUACGUGACUUGGGAUGCAGCUUUGGCAAGGACUGCAAAGGCAUGGGCGAAUAAAUGCAUUUUUAAACGUAACAUACACUUAGAUAAGAAACAUCAGUGCCAUCAGAAUUUCACAUCUGUUGUUUUGGACUAUUCAUAUAAAAUUGGUUGCGCUGUUACUUUUUGUAAGAAAGUUGCAGGAAUACCAAAUGCAGCAAAUUUUAUUUGCAACUAUUCACAGGG